CAGGCGACCAAGAGGGACUUCUCCCAACGCCCUCUCCCUCUCCCUCUCCCUCUCCCUGACUGACGGUACCGCCAGCGCCGCUGCCGCCUCCCAAAAGGCCAAAACCUGCCAUGGGAGGAAGCAAGAAGAAGGCGAAGCCUAGCAGGGGCAAGAAGAAGCCGAGGACCAGCGCCGACCAGGCGCUGGCACUCGACUACGUCCGCGCCUGGGCGCACCCCGCGCCCUGUCCGGAACCCUCGGCGGCUGAUGCCGCUGGGGACGGCUUUCUGCCGCCCCAGGCCUCGCGCAUGGCCUGCGGCGGCGGAGGCAACGUGCUGUUUGAGCUACACUCCCACUCCAUUCAUAGCGACGGGUUUCUGUCCCCCUCCGCUCUCGUCGAGCGCGCCCACCGCAACGGGGUGAAAGUUCUUGCCCUGACAGAUCAUGAUACCAUGGCUGGUAUACCAGAAGCUAUGUCAGCAGCUCGUAAAUUUGGCAUAAGAAUAAUUCCUGGAGUAGAAAUCAGUGCACUGCAUUCUCCACGGCAGACUGCUGGUGCUGGCGAACCCGUUCAUAUUCUUGCAUAUUAUGGUAUGUGUGGCCCAUCAAGGUUUGAUGAAUUGGACAGCAUGUUAUUGAACAUUAGAGAUGGGCGAUACUUACGUGCAAAGAAUAUGCUGGCAAAGCUAAGUACGUUGAAGGUGCCAAUAAAGUGGGAGCAUGUAACUAAAAUUGCUGGUGAGGGAGUGGCUCCUGGUCGACUCCAUGUAGCGAGGGCUUUGGUUGAAGCAGGCUAUGUAGAGAAUGUCAGGCAAGCAUUUAACAAAUAUCUUGGUGAUGAUGGCCCUGCAUAUGCCACAGGGAAUGAGCCAUUUACCGAGACUGUGGUGCAGUUGAUUACUCGUACUGGGGGUAUAUCUGCAUUAGCCCACCCAUGGUCAUUGAAAAAUCCAGAUGCAAUCGCUAGGGCCUUGAAAGGUGCUGGUCUUAAUGCCAUGGAGGUUUACAGAAGUGAUGGGAAGGUUGAUGGGUAUGGUGAAUUAGCUGAGAAGUACGGACUUCUGAAGCUUGGAGGUUCAGAUUUCCAUGGGAAAGGCACAAAAGAUGAGUCUGAUGUUGGAGCAGUUAAGCUUGCUGUUACAACUUUGUGCUGCUUCUUGAAGAUGGCUCGUCCUAUCUGGUGUAGUGCUAUGAAAGACAUCUUACUGAAGUUUGCAGAGGAACCAUCUGCUGCUAAUGUAGGGAAGAUAGUUAAGUUUGGACAAGUUGCCAAUUUUGAUGACCUUGCAUCAAUGGAUAGUGGUAUAGAUGUUGUUAAUCUCUGUUUAUCUUCAUGGUUAAGUCAUGAUGAUCUGGAAGAUGUUGAUCUUGAGGAGGUACGAUUGAAGCUCGCCUGCUAUGCAGGAAAAGAGAUAACGUCAACUACAUGACCAUCUCCAACAAUGUUUUUUAUGUGUUGCCGAGCUCAAUACACAUGUUUUACUUGGAUCAUUUUACAACCCAUCAGAGCUAAUGUAUAUUAUUUUGUUAGACGAUGAUACUGCUGAAAGUGGAAAAUAUGCUGACAUUUUACGAAGAA